GGCUUUUUAACUCCGGCUCAAUAUGGGCACGAGCCACGAGAACAGACGUUGUAGCAUGCGAGUCUGUCUGCCUAUAUAAGGGAGCGCCGUCGAUCGCACUCCCUGGCUGAUAAGAAGAUCACACUGUAUUGAAAAGGGUCGUUUCAUCCCUCGUUGAUGGCAGUUCUCAGUCUUACCUCGACGAACUAUACGAAAUGGCAGCCACUCGCACCGUCGUUCUCAUCACUGGCGCCAACCAGGGUUUGGGGUUCGAGUGUGUGAAGAAGCUCUGCGCGGAACAGCCGGGCUACCAUAUCCUCAUGGGCGCCCGCGACCCGGCCAAAGGAGAAGCCGCUGUCAAGACUGUCACGGAAUUCGCCAAGGACGCCUCGGUCGAGGUGGUCGAAAUCGAUGUGACUUCGGACCCUUCGAUUGAGAAGGCGGCCAAGUUCGUCGAGGCCAAGUUCGGCAAGCUCGACGUGCUCUUCAACAAUGCCGGAGUUAUUCGGACUGGCAAACAGCAGGCAUUCCGCCAGGAAUUCCAGCAGGUGCUCGACAUCAACACCGUCAGCCCGGCCUGCGUCACCAUGGCAUUUGCGCCCCUCCUGCAGAAGUCCGACCACCCCCGCCUGCUCUUCAUGAGCUCCGGUCUAGGUUCCAUCACCUUGACCUUGAUGCCCAUCAGCCCGUGGUAUGGCAUGGCGCCGGUCCCCACCUACGCGGCCUCCAAGGCCGCCUUGAACUUGGUUGGCGCUUUCUUCACGCAAAAGUACACCAAGGAUGGCUUCCGCAUCAACAUGAUCGAUCCGGGCCACAGGCAAACCGCCCUCAACGGCUUCAACCCCAAGGGCGGCAAGGCCAGCGAGGGUGCUAUCGAAGCUUGCCGCAUCAUCACCCAGGGCAAGAACGGCCAGCACGGAACCUUCACCUCUUUGGAGUCCAUCCUCCCGUGGUAGAUGGGGACGCUCUCCUUUUCUGGUACGUCGAGAGCAGAGCAUAUGUUGGAUCACAAAAUAUGGACGCCUGCCUAUAUAUUAGAUCAAUACAAAUUGUAUGAAUACACCUUCUCUCCAAUAUUCACCCUGUCAGACUGGAGCGAAUGUAGCAUGGGCAGCUAGCAACCCCAGAAGAUCGUAGCACCGAGCCCAUAAGACCUCCUGAAAC